AUGGAGACCCUCUCCAAUGACCGACUCAGUGCUCUUGAUGUAACUUCCAAGAAUACUGUCGCUACCGAGGUCGCCGCCGUUCGCUCCUCUCUUCAGGACAGCUCGAUCCAAGCUCAGCAUACCAAAUUGCAGAUGAGCUCAUACCUCUUACUGCUCGAAAAUGUCGAAAGUCCUGAAACGAUCAUCAACAUUGCCCCUCAGAUUUCUUGGCUAGGUAGAUCUCUCAAUGGCAUUGCUGCUUCUCUGGCCCAAGCCGAGGCGUCAGCGGAUAGCGCGUUACAGUCCACCAUGGACUGUACUUAUCGCGUGAUGGAUGUCGGAAGAGACGUUGAAGCCCAGGAUGACUUGCUAGACGAAUGUCAGUCGCAAGCAAAAGGACUCGCUAGCCAGGCGGAGAGAUCGCUGAGCUCGAGUGAAGAGAUUCUGGCGCAGACACAAACCAAGGCCAGCGCCAAGGAAGAGGAAAUUCGUACCAAGACUCGCCAGGCGACUGAGAAGAGGACUAGAAAAGCACAGCUUGAUCGUGAGAUAUUGCAGAAGAACGGCCAAAUUGCAGAGACACACAGACGACGAGAGAGCAAGAAGGAAUCAGCAGGCGUAGGACUGAUGUUGACCGGCAUCGGCCUCCUGGCUGCACCUUUCACUGCAGGGGCAUCACUAGGACUGGCAGCAGCUGGCGCCGGAUUUGCAGGUUACAAGGGAAUUCGUGUAUCGGAUCUAAAAGACGAGAUUGUCGCCCUUCAAUCCAAGGUGUCCAGUUUGAAUAGCGAGAUAUCCCAAGACCAGCAAGCAAUCUCCAACCUCGAGAGGGAGCAGCGCAACUUGCAAGACCUAGUCUCGCAGUACCAGCGCGAUAUCUCAUCCCGUAGAUCAACGCAUCAACUCUACCAGAAGCAAAUCUCAGAGGCUAACCGGGUAGAGAACGACAUCACAACGCUUAAAGGUGUCGCAGAAGCUACCAUUUCCAACAUCAACGAUAUCAACUCGCAGUUACAGGAUGUAAAAGAGUGCUUGGACGAAUGUAGCUCUCUCUUACAGGCCAAGUCAGUUGACUUGUCGACCUCGACGUCUUCUGUUGAUUGGAUCAUUGGUGCGGAAUUUGAGAGGCAAAAAAUGCUCAUGCAGCAGGUUUCUGAGGUGCUUGAGAAGAUUGAAAUGGAUGGCCAGCUACUACUUUCGAGCCAGGACAUGGCGUUCCUAGAUAUAAAGCCAUGGGAAGCUGCUACAGGAUUAAUAGUGGAGGAUAAAGAGAGAAUUCCUGAAUUAUGUUAUUUUAAGUAG